AUGGCAGAAAAAAGGAAAUUGUUGAACGAAAUCGACAAAUGUUAUAAAAAGAUUGAUGAGGGAGUCGAAUUAUUCGAGGAAACAAUGUCGAAAAUGCAAGAAGCGAACAGUGAAAAUCAGCGAGAAAAGUUUCAGGAUGAUUUAAAAAAAGAAAUAAAGAAAUUGCAAAGGCUACGAGAUCAAAUAAAAGGUUGGCAGAAUUCAUCGGAGAUUAAGGACAAAGAGAAAUUAACACAUUAUCGAAAAGUAAUCGAACAAAGAAUGGAGCAGUUCAAGGACAUCGAAAGAGAAAAUAAAACUAAACCUCAUAGUAAGCAAGGCCUCUCAGCAGAAGAAAAAUUGGAUCCACGAGAAAAAGAGAAAGCUGAAGCAGUUGAAUGGUUACAAUGUCAAAUUCGAUGUUUGGAAGACGAGGCGGAUAAAACUGAAUCUCGUAUAGAGAUGCUUGCAACUGCUGAACAAACAAGGAAGAAGGGCAAAAGGGAUGAUACAAAAAAGGGCGAAAAGGAGAAAAUGAAAAAAUUGGAUGAUUUGCGGAAACAUCUUGAUCGGAUAAAAUUUCAUAUUUCGAAAGUAGAAAUAUGCAUGAGGUUAGUAAACAAUGAGACCCUUGAAAGUUCAAGAGUAAUGGACGCGUUGAAAGAACCUUUUGAUAUUUAUAUCGAGGCCUUAGAUCAUGAAAGCGAAAAUGACCCUGAGCAAUGCGACCCAGAAAAUGCAGGUGUUUACGAUGAACUGGAUCUGCAGUCUUAUACUCCACAACUGGGAGGUGCUAUUUUUGGAGCUGGUGAUGCAGAAGAAAAGACUGAUAGUAAUAAUGUUGAUCAGAAAAGCGUUUCUAGCGAUUCACCAACUUCACUGUCUGCACAGUUGAAGGAAACCGAAGAAAACAAUUUAAAACAGCGUCAUUUAAGUGGAGGUCAAAUUUCAACAACGAGGAGUACGCCGGUAACACCUCUGAAAUUGUCCAAUUUUAGUCAGGUGAGCGUAGAUAGUGUCAAUUCUCCACCAGCAUCAGCAACACCACCACCACUUCCUGGUAUACCUUAUAAUAUUGCUGCAGGCCUUGGAACAAAAAGCAUCAAAGCAAAUUUUACUCCCAAUUCGAGUGUGAAGCAACCGCUAGAUAUCGUAAGACAACCAUCGGGUGUCAUUUCGAUAACAACGACGACGACAACAACCAGCUCUAUAACCCAACCGCUUGGGCACUCGCAUUCUUUGAACGACGAAAAUGCAGCACCUAAUCCAGUGCACGUUGAACUGCCAGCAGUUGCGGCUACGUCUCAGGCCAUGGUAGUAAGUCCAGCGAUUAUUCCAAAUCCGAGAUCUGUAACUCCAGAAUCAAACAUGAUUAAAAGAUUUUCCAUUUCGAGUGCUGCAAAUGCUCAACAAGAAGUAAUCACACUGAAACCAGUGAUAGCACAAGCAAGUUCAACAGCAGAUGUGAAUAUGUUACAACCUCCGAAUUCGUUGAUGAAUCCAUAUUCCGUUCAGCCGGUUAUGAGACCUAGUUCACCGAAUGAUACAAACACGACGAAUACAACGUGUUUGCAAACAGGUUUAAAUAUAUCUGUAAGUGUUCCUACUACACCAACACAUCCAUCUUCCAACGAUUUGGAUUCGAAUGCAUUACGGCAUACUUCACGUCAUGAUUAUCAAAAUCAACUUCCAAAGACGGUAAUGGCUACAAUACCAGCCUGGCUGGGUGCUUCACCGCUUGGGAAGAUCGCUCUGACUGGAGAUAUGGAAAAGCAGCUAGCUUUAUUAGAUAACGCACUGACUCGACUUCCUGCACCUAUGGAUUCAGAGAAACCUCGCAGUUAUUUACCAAAGAUGACAUGUAUGACGCCUUCAUAUUAUCCUCAAUGUGCUCCUCCAAAUGCAGAUACCCUUGAAUACUACCUCCGUUUAAGUCCUGAAACGCUUUUCUUCGUUUUCUAUUAUAUGGAGGGUUCUCGCGCUCAGCUGCUGGCAGCUAAGGCGUUAAAAAAACUUUCGUGGCGAUUUCAUACCAAGUAUUUGAUGUGGUUUCAAAGACAUGAAGAGCCGAAGCAGAUUACUGAUGAUUAUGAGCAGGGAACUUAUAUAUAUUUUGACUUUGAAAAGUGGGCGCAACGGAAAAAGGAGCAGUUCACAUUCGAGUACCGUUUUCUUGAGGAUAAGGACUUCGAGUAG